ACACAGCCAAACCUCACUUCAAUCAAUCUUCUCUCUCUCUCUCUCUCACUAGUUUUUUUCUCUCUCUAAAGCAUUCAACAAUGGCGCAAGUGAUGGUUGCUCGAGCGAUUCACAGUUCCUUAGCGUGCCGUAGCUUUGGAUCUCUCCAAAACCAGGUCGAUAAGAUCAAGCCCUUUGGAUUUGCUUCCAAAGUACUUGCUCGCGAGCCGCGAAAUGGCCACAGAGCAUUUCGCAUUAGCUCACCGAUCACUGCCAAGAUAUCUACCGCAGAGGUUGUUCCGGUCUCCCCCGAAGAUGUGCCAAAGGCUAGGAGGGCACUGAGGGCACUUAAGGGAUUGGUCAGGCUUCAGGCAUUGGUGAGAGGCCACAUUGUCAGAAAGCGCAGUGCAGACAUGCUCCGAUGCAUGCAAGCAUUGGCCCGAAUCCAGGCCCGGGCAUGUGCAAAUCGGGCUCAUGUGUCAGAGUCCUCACAUUCUACCAACAAGUCCUCCCAAUCCUGCAAUCUUGGCCUUGCGACUCCCAAAAUAUAUGACAACCAACUUCGUGCAUAUGGUUCAAAAUCUGAUUGGUCCCCCAUAUUGAAGAGUUCUCAAUCAAGUAUAAAGAUCAAGAGCAAUGUUGACCAAGAAAGGACAAAUUUGGGUUCAACUUGGUUAGAUCGAUGGAUGGAAGAAUGUACAUGGAACAGCCAAGUAGAUGCCUCGUUAAAAAUUGGACGUGGUGAUGACGAGAGCAGUGAUAAGAUUCUUGAAGUGGACACUUGGAAGCCUCACCUCAACUCCAAAAUCUCUAGGACAGCACAACAUGUUACAGCAUGCAAUUACAACGAUCAGGGCCUCACAAUAUUCGACCCUCUAUCAAGACAGUCAACAAAAGCUCUGAAACAAAAUCCAUAUGCAUGGACUAGUGAGAACUCUGCAUCGUCUAGACCUGGAAGUAGUGGCAGGAGAGGUUCCUUCUCACCUGCAAGGAGCAAGUUCUCAAGAAGCUUCUUUGACGAGUACCUGGGAUACCCAAACUACAUGGCUACCACUGAAUCUUCUCUGGCAAAGAUCAGGUCCCAGAGUGCUCCGAGGCAGAGAUUACAGGUUGAAGAUCGUGGUUCAACAACGAGGUUUGCUCGUGGGUUUUGGGAUGUAGAUACUAUUUCAGAAAGGGGUUCGGCUUUACAUUCUAACUUGAGGACCAAAGCAUAUCCAGACUGUGGUCGGUUGGAUAGACCUGGGAUACCAGUUCGAGGCAACAUCACCACCACCAGUUAUAAUGGUGGAAGCUAGAGUGGUGCUUUGUCCAUUAUUUUUUGCUUGUUUUACGAACAUGUCCUUAAAAUAAUCGAACUUGACGUUGGAUUUAUGAAUUAUAAAACAAAAGCUAUCAGUGUGCUCUUCUUCUAUUGGUUUGUAAAUUGUAAUUGUUUGCUUGAACAAAAUGUUAAUGAAUGUGUUUGAAGAUCAUUGGAAACUAUGACA